AUGCUAGACCCCAAAUCGCCCCUCCAGGCGGCAGCUAUCUUUCUUGGAGGCAUCGGGCGGUCCCGGAGAACCAGGCAGAAGGCUGUUCCAGCACUUGCGCUGAGCAAGGGCGAGGCAUACAGGUUGCUGGGCGCUGAUCAGGGGUGCUCGCGAGCUGAGCUGCGCGCUGCAUACAUGAUACGCAUCCGACAGCUGCACCCAGAUGUCAACCCCUUGAGGGAUACCACGGAGGAGGCCACAGCACUCAAUGAAGCUUAUGCGCUCCUGCAGGAGGGAUUCCUGACUGGGGAAGAGGAAGUUCCCAGCGUGUUUGACGUGCCUGAAGCAGAGCCCAGCGAGCUCUUCAUAAAUCCCUUUGCCUGCAACACCAGCCCCCUGCUUUGGCGAGAACUGCAGGAGGUAGUGAAAGGUGCAGAUGAUCCAGUGAGCGAGCUGGCAGCUCAGGGAGUGUACAUCAGGGACUCGGCUGUGUAUUACCUGACGCCGUGCCAGCUGGCGGCCGUCACUGCUGACCUGGAGGCGAUGGAGGACAGCAUGGCAGUGGAGCUGACAUCAUGGCUUGUCAGCGACUGCCUCAUGCGCGCAGCCAGAGCCAAUGACCGCAUGCCAGCUCAGCGUCGCAGCUGA